GUUAAUGUCAAGGGAUAAUACUUUUUUCUCUGCUCCUCGGACAGGGGCGUUUGGACGUUCUCCAAGUCAACAUGGCUCUAUAGUUCUUCCCCCACUCAACAGUCAAGAUCUCGAAAAGAAGCUGCGCGACAGACUUGUUAAUAUUCCAUCAGAAAAGCCAUGGAGCAACACUAAUGCUCUGAAGUUCGAUGGACCUUAUACACCUGCGCAGACGAAAACACGAGCCGUUCCUGCUGCACCUCGGCUAGAACCUUUGCCAAACUUAGCAUCAUUUCAACAUCAGAAUAAACCCGAAUAUAAGCAAAAGAAAGCCUAUGAUGCACUUAUUGCCAGUGGCUAUCAACCUCCUGAGAAGAAGAAGCGCUCUGAUUUCAAAUCGGAUCUUGAUCAUGCCGCAGAUGAAAAACAUGAGAGAGAACGAGAGUUGCAAGCUCAAAUGUUCGACGAAGGCGUCGAAAUCUACCGCUACGUUAAACUGCCCCGCCGUGGCUCUGUCCUUGAUAACAUGCGAAAAGUACCGCCUACUACCAUCCACGUCGAUAAAGGAAUUGAGGGCAUCAAAGCUGGCGUGUGGGAUCCAGCAGACUUGGUUGACUUUAUAAUGGCACACCCCAAAGUUGGCUUUUUCUACAUGAUGCCAGCUGCCAAGACGGCUUCCAUUGAUUACAGUCCCUACUAUCUCAAGCUUGUGACUCACAGCAACCUUCGUGAGGAUGACUACAGUGUCAUUUCUCCUCAGGGAAUCACCCGAGUCAGAGACGGCGAGGCCGAAUUCACAGAGAUCACUCGCUGGCAACGAGAGUACCAUUAUUACAAGAAACUAGUCAAGAUCCCAACUUUCGCCCUUUUCCGCAAGUGGAAGGCAUUCUCAGUAUGGCGCAAAAACGUGCGCGCCAAGAAACUAGUCAAGAGCAAAAAAGCACUCGAGGAGAAUCUGUUUAUACUCAACGCAGCUUUGCGCCCCGCUUUGCUAAAUGUGCGCGAACUCUGUUUCCGAAUCAGUGACAUGGGGCUGUGUAAGAUCGAGACCUCGAGGACUUACACCCUGGAUGACUUCAGAAUGGCACAGUAUCAUCAGCUUAAAGAAGUCAUGAGCAGACUAUCCGAAUUCCGUGAACUGGUGAAAGAAGUUAUCCGGUCUGCGUGUAGAACUGCACUUCUGGAACAGGGCUUCACCCCGGAUGACUACUUCAAUGACCCAGAAACUGACGGAGACGUGGUGCCUGGAACUGCCUCCAGCUACAUGCACAACGACAUGGGCGAGACCGGGGAUGCUCAGGAGAAGAUGACCUAUACUGAACAGGCGAACAAAAGAGCACAUUGCAGACGAUUCACAAACUUCAUCCGACUGGGAGACUACCUGAUAGUAAACACUAUGCACAUUCUGGCCAUCAAUUCAGUGUCCACUCUGCUGACUUAUCUGAGUGAACAAGUGAAGCGCACCCCCUCCCAGGAGGAAAUACAGGCCAUGCAGUUGGGCAUCCCUCAACAGCUCACAGAAGAGGAGGCCGAGAUGACACUCGCCGAGAGGAAGGAACAGGAAAAGGCUAGAGAGGAAGCCGAAAAGGCAGCUCAAGCCGAACGAGAAGAGGCGGGCGAAGACGAUCCGAAGGAGAAAGAAGUCGUUCCGAUGUUCUUUUCCGAAAUGACCAUGGACUCCGGCGACAAAGGUCUCAUGUUCAAACCUGACCGAACAACUUUCGUUGACAGCCUGAACGAAAUCAUUAAGCAUUUCCAGGACAGUGUUCUGUCGGUUGAGAAUUUGGUGCCCGAUAAGUAUUUUGACGCGUUCACCAGUCCCAAAAUAAACGACAGAUACGAGGAAAAGUCUUGUGGCGAGGGACCCCAAUUGCAAGCUAUGUUUGACGACGACAAACAUCUGCUAAGCAUCAUCGAAAGCGUCAAGGAAGCUGUAGCAACUGCGUUUGACGCUGCUUUCUUAUACAAAGAGACGUUUGGACCUUUUGAGUCUUUCUAUUACGAAAACGAACGCCUGGAUAUCGAGAAACUAGGCACCGAAGAUCACGAAGUGGAGUUCUUUGGGAAGUCGUUGGAGAAAUACCACAUGCAACAUGCUCAGGCGAUGAAGAUCAAGGAAAAGAGGCCGCUUGGGAUGUUGAUGGUGGAGACGACAGAUCUCAAGAACCUGCUUGUUCCCUCUCCACUAAGAUGCCUCGAUGCGUUGAAUCUGGUGUUGCCGACUAUUGCGCGGCAGAAGCUGGAUAAGAUCCUGGAGGAGGCAGACAGUGGCGUGUACAAGUUGCAGAUCAGACCAGAGACCACCAUAGACUACGUAGACUGUCUCACCUUCCUGGACCAGAUACAAGAAAGGAUAGACAGUUUGGACGUUGAGGCUGAGAUUGUCAAGUCCAUGUACAAGCUGAUUGAAAAGUACGAAGUGCCCCACCCCCCCGCCGACCGAGUGUUGUUCGACACUUUAAAUGGGAGCAUCACUACUUUGAAGAAUGCGAUUGACAAGGCCGUGGGGGAGCGAGACGCCAAUCUGGACCUGUUCUGCAAAGAGAUCGAGAAGGAUAUUCUGGAGCUGAACAAAGUGGUCAAGGAGGUCAAACAGGAGUCACAGGAUCCAAAAAUUUUGGACAAAGAUGCCGACAAAGAAACGAUUAUUCUCAAACUGAAGAAGCUUCAGGACAAAAUGAUUCAGCUGCAAAACAAAGCUUACCAGUUCAAAUCAUACCAGAAAAACUUCAAAGUGGAGGUCACGAGAUUCGAAGAACUGGAGGAAGUUUCGUCGGAGCUGAAACUGAAACAACUUUUGUGGGAUUCAGUUCAAGAAUGGGACGUUAUGUAUGCUAAAUGGUUAGAAGACAGUCUCCUGGGUUUAGAUGCUGAAGAAAUGAAUAGCAGUGUGACCAAGUUCCAGAAGUACGUGAACCAACUUGAAAAAGGUCUGCCACCGAACACGAUAGUGCCAAUUCUGAAAACACGUGUCGACUCUAUGAAGGCCAAAAUGCCCGUGAUUGUUGACCUUCACAAUAGGGAGUUCAAAUCGAGGCAUUGGGAGCAAAUUCACGCGACUCUGCAGCACACGUUUAAUGAGGAGAAUCCGAUGACACUGGGGUUCCUGAUAGGAAUCAAUGCGUUCGAACACUCUGAGAAGCUGCAGGAGAUUUCGGCCCAGGCGUCAAGUGAAGCGUCACUGGAGGCUAUGCUGAAGAAGGUCGAGGACUCUUGGAAGACGACUGACUUUGUAGUUUUGAACCAUCGGGACUCCAAGGAUGUCUUUAUCCUCGGAGGCACUGACGACAUCCAGGUGCUACUGGAUGACAGCAUCGUGAAUGUGUCUACUAUUGCUUCCUCCCGUCACGUGGGUCCCAUCAAGGGCAAAGUGGAGGAAUGGGUUAAAAAUUUAGCCCUGUUCAACGAAACUCUGGAUGAGUGGCUGAAUUGCCAGCGCAACUGGCUCUACCUCGAGAGUAUCUUCUCAGCCCCCGACAUUGCCAGACAACUGCCAGACGAAGCCAAGAUGUUCAUGCAAGUUGACAAAUCGUGGAAAGAUGUGAUGCGCAAUGUGAACAAACUGCCCAACGCACUGAGGGCGGCGACCAAAGCGGGGGUUCUGGAGACGUUCCAGACGAAUAAUGCACUCCUGGACCAGAUCCAAAAGUGCCUAGAACAAUACCUGGAAACGAAGCGUGUCGGGUUCCCAAGGUUUUACUUCUUGUCCAACGACGAACUUCUGGAAAUUCUGGCCCAGACAAGAAAUCCACAUGCUGUGCAGCCCCAUCUGAGGAAGUGCUUCGAUGCCAUUGCCCUGUUGGAGUUCGGGUCGGAUGCAAAGUCGCAAGGCGAAGACAGACGCAAUUCUCCUGCAGUUUCGGGCGUGAACACUCCCAUUAAGAAAGUGUCCACUAGCAUUGCAGCUGACGCAAGCAGUCCAGGGGGCAAAGGUGGCGGUGGCCAGCCUGCGCCUGGAUCUCAGGACAUCAUGGCCAUGAUCUCUCCAGAGCAGGAGAAGGUGAGUCUGGGCAAGGGACUGAAGGCGAGGGGAAAUGUGGAGGACUGGCUGGGAAAAGUGGAAGACGCCAUGUUCUCCAAUUUGAGGAAGAUCACAAAACAGGCCAUACAGGAGUACCACCAGAAGUCUAGCAAGGCGGAGUGGAUCAAGAGCUUCCCCUCCCAAGUGGUGCUGACAGUGUCCAUGAUCUACUGGAGUGGGGAAGUCACUGACUGCCUCGCCACUGACAACAAUGUACUCAAGGCUGUCGCCGACUACGAGCAGAAAUGCUUCCAGAACCUGAACUACUUGGCCAGUCUGGUUCGUGGUAAACUGACCCCCCUUGUGAGGAACAUCAUGUGUGCCCUCAUCACUCUGGACGUACACUGCAGGGACAUAGUCACAGACAUGGUCAAGGUCCAGUGCGACAGUGUGACUUCGUUCGACUGGCAGAAGAACCAGAGGUACUACUGGAACCAGGACAUAGACGACUGCCAAGUGAGGAUGGCCAAUGCAUGCUACCUCUACGGCUACGAGUACCUAGGAGCAUCCCCACGUCUAGUCGUCACUCCUCUCACGGAUCGUUGCUAUCUCUGUUUGAUGGGUGCCUUGGAACUGGAUCUGGGAGGAGCUCCAGCUGGACCUGCAGGAACAGGAAAGACAGAGACCACUAAGGAUCUGGCCAAGUCCCUGGCCAAACAGUGCGUCGUGUUCAAUUGCUCAGAGGGCCUUGACUUCAAGAUGAUGGGUCGGUUCUUCUCGGGUCUGGCUCAGUCGGGUGCGUGGUGCUGCUUCGACGAGUUCAACCGAAUCGAUAUCGAGGUGUUGUCUGUCAUCGCCCAGCAGCUCCUCACCAUCCGAAAUGCAAAGGCUCAGAAGCUGCAACGCUUCAUGUUCGAGGGCCGUGAAAUCAAACUGAAUCAGACUGCAGCCGCGUUCAUCACUAUGAACCCUGGAUACGCUGGCAGAACUGAACUGCCGGACAAUUUGAAAGCCCUCUUCCGACCCAUGUCCAUGAUGGUACCAGACUAUGGUCUCAUCGCUGAGGUCAUUCUCUACUCUGAAGGGUUCGAAGAGUCCAAAAUCUUGGCCCGUAAAAUGGUACAGAUGUACAAACUCUGUUCCGAACAGCUGUCCCAACAAGACCACUACGAUUUCGGAAUGAGAGCUGUCAAGUCUGUCUUGGUCAUGGCCGGAACUCUGAAGCGAGAGAAUCCAGACAAGAGCGAAGAUGUCGUCCUGAUCCGAGCUCUCCGCGACAGUAACUUGCCGAAGUUCUUGGUGGACGAUGCGAUUCUGUUCCGAGCGAUUCUUCUGGACUUGUUUCCGGGAGUGGAGAUUCCAGAGCACGAUUACGGUGUUUUCAAAGAGACAAUUCAGGAGGCGUGUCUGAAAAAGGGUCUUCAGAUUGUGGAUUCGGAGGUCUACAAAGUGAUCCAGUUGCAUGAGACUAUGAUAGUGAGACACGGUGUGAUGACAGUUGGGCCCACAGGAGGAGGAAAGACUACAGUACUACAUGUGUUGGCAGACACUUACCAGCUGCUGUGCGACAAGGGAGAUAAGAGCCACGACUACUACAAACCAGUCACCAAGUACACCCUCAACCCCAAGAGCAUCACUAUGGGGGAGUUGUACGGGGAGGUGGACAAACUGACCCUCGAGUGGAAGGACGGCCUGCUCGCCAUUUCCGUCAGAGCAGCUGCCAAUAACACGACCACUGACCAUCAAUGGGUUGUAUGUGAUGGUCCAGUAGACGCCCUCUGGAUUGAGAACAUGAACACAGUGCUGGAUGACAACAAGAUGUUGUGUCUGGCUAAUAGUGAGAGGAUCAAACUCACUCCAUUCAUCCACAUGCUGUUUGAAGUGCAGGACUUGGCAGUCGCUUCACCGGCCACCGUGUCCAGAUGUGGUAUGGUAUACAUUGACCCAAAUGAGCUGAAAUGGGAACCCUAUGUGCGCACGUGGGUCGCAUCACUGCCUAAGUUCAACGAGGAACAGCGGGAGAAACUGCUGAACCUCUUCCUCGUCUACGUGGAGUCGGGUCUGAAAUGGGUGCGCAAGAACGGAGUUGAAAUCAUGAAACAGGUCGAAAUCAGUAAGGUGGUGUCCUUGUGCAAACUGUUCGAGUCGCUCUUCUUAGCUGAGAAGGGAGGCGCCGACUUCAGUCUGGACGAGACCAGAUUCAACACCACUCUCAACACCACCUUCGCCUAUGCUUACAUGUGGGGACUAAGUGGCAACCUCAAUGAAAACAGUCAGGACGCUUUUGAUACUUACGCCAAAGACCAGUUCUCAGACAACGGGGAGGCCAAGCUGCCGUCGGACAUGCCUGUGCUGCAGUGUUACAUGGACUUCAACACUCGUCGACUGGAGUCAUGGGAGCGGAUAGUGCCUCAGUUCAGAUACAGCAUGGAGGAACCCUUCUUCAACAUCCUAGUACCCACGACAGACACAAUGCGAUUCGGAUUCCUUCUCGAGAAGUUCCUACAAGUGAAACAACCUGUGUUGUUCACGGGCGGAACAGGUGUGGGCAAGUCGGUGAUUGCGAUGGGCCACUUGAAAGAGGUGGCCGAUAAGAAUAGUUAUGUGCCUGUGUUCAUGAACUUCUCUGCCCAGACGAGCAGCAAGAGAACUCAGGAGACCAUCGAGAGCAAACUGGAGAAGAAACGGAAGAACAUACUUGGUGCGCCGUCGGGCAAGCGACUCAUCUUCUUCGUGGACGAUCUGAACAUGCCCAAGUUGGACACCUACGGAUCCCAGCCUCCGAUCGAGCUUCUCAGACAGUUCCUGGACUUCGGAGGACUCUACGAUCGAGACAAGCUCUUCUGGAAAAACUAUUUGGACAUGACCCUGUGCUCUGCUUGUGCCCCUCCCGGCGGGGGUCGUAACCCCGUGACCCCUCGAAUGGUGCGCCACUUCGCCAUGAUGGCCAUCCCAGCUGCCAAUGAAAACACACUAAAGACCAUAUUCAAGAAUAUUCUGACUGGUUUCUUCACGGCGUACGAGUUCAACGCGACAGUGAAAGGACUAACUGAGAGUGUGGUGGCAGCGGCGGUGGAGAUUUAUGUCAGGAUGUCAGUUGAGUUGCUGCCCACUCCUGCCAAGUCCCACUACGUCUUCAACUUAAGAGAUCUCUCCAAGAUCGUACAAGGAAUCCUGCAAUGCGACUCGACAAUCAUUGUCAACGCCGAUCAAACGUUCGCCAUCUUCUGUCACGAGACCAUGCGAGUGUUCCACGACCGUCUCAUCAACUGGGACGACAAGAACUACUUCUACGACAUGAUGGUGGACAUCGCCAGCCGACACUUCGGCCAGAAUGUGGAGGCGAAGACGUUCACCGAGAAGCCGAUCGUGUUCGGAGACUUUUUGAAGUUCGGAGCUGACCCGUCUGAAAAGCAGUACGAGUUGAUUACCGAUUUCACAAAGUGCAAAAAUGUGCUCGGAGACUACCUGGACGACUACAACAUGAGUAGUUCCAAAGAGAUGAAAUUAGUCUUCUUUAUGGACGCCAUUGAACACGUGGCCAGGAUAGCCCGAAUGAUCAGGCAGGACAGGGGCAAUGCCCUUCUGGUGGGCGUGGGGGGAACUGGAAAGCAGAGCCUGACCAGACUAGCCUCGCAUAUUUGUGGAAUGGCAUGCUUCCAGAUUGAACUUACUCGUGGCUACGACUACUCCGCAUUCCGUGAAGAUCUCAAGAAGCUCUAUGAAUCAGCGGGAUCCCAGGCAAAACCGACUGUGUUCCUCUUCACAGACACUCAAAUAGUAGUCGAGGAGUUUCUGGAAGACAUCAACAACAUCCUCAAUUCCGGAGAGGUUCCCAAUCUGUUUGAGAGCGAUGAGCUGGAAAAGUGUCUGGCUCAAGUGAGACCGGCCUGCAAGGAGGCGGGACUCAACGAAGGAAACCGGGACGAAGUGUACCAGUUCUUCAUCAGGAGAGUGCGUGACAAUUUGCACAUUGUACUCUGCAUGUCGCCAGUCGGAGACGCUUUCCGCACCAGGUGUCGUAUGUUUCCCUCCCUCGUGAACUGCUGCACCAUAGACUGGUUCAUAGAGUGGCCCCGUGAAGCCCUGAUGAGUGUGGCCACCACCUUCUUCGAAGCUGUCGAUCUGGGAGCAGAUGAAAUGAAGGGUAAGAUAUCGGAGAUGUGUGUGGAAGUGCACGUGAGUGUGGCUAGUAUGGCGGAGAGGUUCUACAGUGAGUUGAGGAGGAGGUACUACACAACCCCUACAAGUUACCUCGAACUCAUCAAUCUCUACUUGUCCAUGCUGGACGCCAAGAGGAAACAACUAGUGGGAGCACGUGACCGAAUUGCAAAUGGGCUGAAGAAACUGCUGGAGACUAAUACAUUAGUAGAUGACAUGCAGGUGGAGCUGACUGCCCUGGAGCCGCAGCUGAAGAAGAAGAGUGCAGAGACAGAUGCUCUGAUGGAGAAACUGGUCGUGGACCAGGAAGAGGCAGACAAGGUGCGUAGCGUUGUGGCGGAAGACGAAGCGAUGGCACGUGUGAAAGCGGGCGAGACUAAAUCGAUUGCGGACGAUGCCCAGAGGGACCUGGACGAGGCUCUUCCAGCCCUGGAAGCUGCCCAGAAAGCGCUGGACUCCCUGGACAAGAAUGACAUCAGUGAAGUGAGGGUGUUCGCCAAGCCACCCGAAUUAGUACAGACUGUCAUGGAGUCGGUCUGCAUUCUCAUGAAUGUCAAACCUGACUGGGAUAACUCAAAGAAGGUGUUGGGAGAUGGUCAGUUCAUGUCCAAACUGAAGGAGUAUGACAAAGACCACAUUCCCGAAACUAUUCUGAAGAAACUGAAGAAGUACAUCGACAACCCCAAAUUCCACCCGGAUCAGGUUGAGAAAGUGUCCAGAGCGUGCAAAUCUCUGUGCAUGUGGGUUCGUGCCAUGGACCUUUAUGCGAAAGUGCACAAAACUGUGGAGCCCAAGAGACAGAAGUUGGCCCAGGCGCAGGGGGAGUUGGAUACUGUGAUGAGUGUCCUCAAGGAGAAACAGGACAAGUUGGCAGGCGUCGAGGCCAAGAUAGCGGAUCUGCAGGCCAUGUACGACAACAGUGUUGAUGAAAAGGACAAGUUGGCCAAGCAGAUGGCACAGACCACCGGCAGACUGAAGAGGGCCGGAAAACUCACCACCGCACUCGCAGACGAACAGGUGAGGUGGAAGGAGAGUGUGGAGACGUUCAAUGAGCAGAUAGGCAAUGUGGUCGGCGAUGUGUUCGCAGCUGCUGCCUGUGUCGCAUACUACGGAGCAUUCACCAGUGUCUACAGAAAUGAGCUUGUGGACACGUGGGUGAGCAGAUGUAAGGACCUGGAGAUCCCGGUGACGGAGGGCAUGACCAUCACCAAUGUCUUGGCAGAUGCCUUCGAGAUCCGCCAGUGGAAUGUGGACGGACUUCCCAGAGACACGACCUCGACUGAGAAUGCCAUCCUGGUCACCAGGGCUCGCAGAUGGCCACUUAUGAUCGACCCACAGGACCAAGCCAACCGUUGGAUCCGCAACAGGGAGGCCAAGAAUGGUCUGAAGGUGAUCAAACUGACCGACAGUGGGUUCCUCAGGACCCUGGAGAAUGCCGUGAGACUGGGGAUGCCGGUACUCCUGGAGGAGCUGGAGGAACAUCUGGAUCCAGCUCUGGAACCCAUUCUACUCAAACAGACUUUCGUAUCAGGAGGUCGAACUCUGAUCCGGCUGGGUGACUCAGACAUAGACUACGACAAGAACUUCAAGUUCUACAUGACGACUAAAAUGUCCAACCCCCACUACCUGCCUGAAGUGUGCAUCAAGGUCACAAUUAUCAACUUCACAGUCACUAAGAAAGGCCUGGAGGACCAACUUCUGGGAGACGUGGUGAGGAUUGAGCGACCUGACUUGGAGGAGCAGAGGAACCAGUUGAUAGUGAAGAUCAACAGUGACAAGAACCAACUCAAGUCCAUCGAGGACAACAUCCUCAAACAGCUGUUCAACUCAGAGGGAAACAUCCUGGACGACGAACAGCUCAUCAAGUCUCUCAACGACUCCAAGGUGACGUCGAACACGAUCACGAACAGACUGAAGGAGACAGAGGUGACUGAGGCACAGAUCAACACUGCCAGGGAAAAGUACAGGACUGUGGCCACCAGGGGCUCUGUCCUCUACUUCGUCAUAGCCUCGCUGGCUGAGAUAGACCCCAUGUACCAGUUCUCCUUGAAGUACUUCAGCAAUUUGUUCAACGCAACAAUCGACAGUGCCCAGAAGGCCGAAGAUUUAGACGAGCGUCUGAAGAUUCUGAUCGCGGCCACCACAUACAACGUGUACUCGAAUGUGGCACGAGGCCUUUUUGAGGCGCACAAGUUGGUCUAUUCGUUCAUGCUAUGUAUUGAUAUCAUGAAGCAGGAGAAUCAGAUCUCAGACCAGGAGUGGAUCUUCUUCCUCAGAGGAGCUGCAGGAGUCGAAAAGGAGAAACCACCCAAGCCAGACUUGCCGUGGCUGAGUGAAAACGUGUGGUCUAAAGUGAACGACAUGCAAGACUUCUUACCUUGCUUCGCUGGCAUCGCCAAGGAGGUCGUCACAGUUCCCGUCUGGUGCAAGAUUGCAGAAUACACGGUGUGGGCGAGUGAGCCGGGCGAGACUGACCCAGCGGAUGAGGUGGAACACGACUUCAUCAACCCAGAGGAGGGCGAAGAGCCCAAGGACAAGGCGGCCGAAGAGGGCCACUGGAACAGACGACUGACAAGCUUCCAAAAACUCAUAUUCAUGAAGAUGCUAAUGGAGGAAAAGGUGGUGUUUGCGGUGACUGACUUUGUGGUACAACACAUGGGCAAACGCUUCAUCGAGAACCCCCCUGUGAACAUCGACAUGCUUUACGAGGACAUGAACAACCGCACCCCCCUCGUGUUCAUCCUCAGCACCGGAAGCGACCCGAUGGCCUCCUUCCUGCGCUUCGCCCGCGAGAGGGAGUACUCGGACAGGGUACAUGCCAUCUCUCUCGGCCAGGGUCAGGGACCCAUCGCGGAGAAAUUGAUAAAUGGCGCGAUGGAGUCGGGCGACUGGGUGUUCCUACAGAAUUGCCACCUGGCGAAGAGUUGGAUGUUGAGUCUGGAGACUAUAGUGAAGACUUACGCGGAGCCCUCUACCCAGAUCCACAGGGACUACCGCCUCUUCCUCUCCUCCAUGCCGGCCCCCUUCUUCCCCGUCACUGUGCUGCAGAACAGUGCCAAGGUCACCAAUGAACCCCCCAAGGGUCUGAGGAGUAACAUCAGGAAGGCAUUCGCCGAGAUGGACGCCUCCUACUUCAAUGAUCACAUCCUGGGCAUGAACUGGCGCAAGAUAGUGUUUGGUAUCUGUUUCUUCCACGCCGUCAUCCAAGAGAGGAAGAAGUUCGGACCCCUCGGCUGGAAUAUCCGGUAUGAGUUCAAUGACCCCGACAGAGAGUGUGCUCUGCAGAAUCUGAAGUUGUUCUGCACAGAUGCCAUUCCGUGGGACACCCUCGUCUAUAUCACAGGAGAGAUCACAUACGGAGGCAGAGUGACUGACAACUGGGACCAGAGGUGUCUGCGGACCAUCCUCAAGUCCUUCUUUGGGAAGAACACGCUGGAGGAGAACUUCAAGUACAGUUCCUCAGGAGUCUACUACUGUCCCCUCAAGGACACCAUCGAGGAGUUCCGGGAGUACAUCGAGGCACUCCCCAUCAUCGACAAUCCAGAGAUAUUCGGAAUGCACGAGAAUGCUAACCUUAUGUACCAGAUUACCGAAACGAAUCUACUUGUGAACACAAUCUUGAACGUGCAGCCUCGAAUGUCGGGUGGAGGCGGCGGAAAGAGCAAUGAUGAAAUAGUUUACGAACUAGCCGAUAGCAUCCUCGCAAAAUUAGCGAGCGUGCUAGACUUGGACCAAGCUCGAGCCGACAUGUUUGAGCCCGAUGCAAAAGGACGAAUGAAUUCUUUGACUACUGUGUUACAACAAGAGGUUGCAAGAUUCAACAAACUCCUCAAAGUGAUCCAGACCACUCUGAAGGAACUGCAGAAGGCGAUCAAGGGGCUGGUGGUGAUGAGCGAACAGCUGGAGCUGAUCUACAAGGCCUUCCUGAACAAACAGGUGCCCAAGCAGUGGGAGAGUGCGGCGUAUCCCUCGCUCAAACCACUCGCCUCUUGGGUCAAAGACCUCACCCUCAGAAUCGACUUCAUCAAGAACUGGCUAGUGUACGGCAUGCCCCGCUCCUUCUGGCUGUCGGGAUUCUUCUUCCCCCAGGGAUUUCUGACGGGGGUGCUGCAGAACUUCGCCAGGAAGUAUGACUACCCCAUCGACGUCCUCUCCUUCCACUUCCACGUGCUCCCCCACUACAGAGACCAGGAGGAUUGGUCGAUCGCCAUGUCGUCCAUGAAGUUCGGCGAGGAACUGGAGAUGGACCAGGCCACUCCUGCUCCCGAAGACGGAGUGUUCGUCCACGGACUCUUUCUGGACGCCGCAAGCUGGAACGACAAACAAAACCAGUUGGCAGAUGCUAUUCCGGGAGAGAUGAAUCCGACGAUGCCCAUGAUCCACAUGGAGCCCAAGAUGAACUUCACAGCACCAGACGAAGACUACAUUGCGCCUCUGUACAAAACGGCCGCUAGGGCUGGUGUAUUGUCCACAACAGGUCACUCGACGAACUUCGUGGUGGCGAUUCACCUGCCAACUUCGCAGACUCAAGACUACUGGGUCAGCAUGGGAACUGCACUUCUCACACAGCCCGAAAAAUAAACAACCGAACAGCAAAAACAACAACAAAAGCCCAGUAUAAAUUCAUUCAUGAACCCGCAACGAGUCAAAAUUCUUAACAUAUUUUCAAUUUUCAGCAAAUUUUUUUGCUUCGCAUUUGGGUUUGCUCAUCAAGACGAGAUAGGUGUAAAAAUGUGAGAUAUGUCUUAAGUUAGCUCUGUACAAAUGCUGUAAAUAGUAUAAAUUUGAAUUGGUAGUUGCAAGUAUGUUAAUAAAAUGUAUAUUUAUUAACUCAAGUUUAAUUCAUUCUUCGCUCUCA